AUGGCUAACAUGACACCUCUGGACGUACUCCUUAGCUUACUGGCGAUUCCAUCGCCGGUCAAGUCUCAAUUGAGAGAGCCAGCAGUACAGGAUUUCAUCAGGAGAAACCACACCUUUGACUUAAUGAUCUUCGAGCGUCUGCCUUACCAAGGUUACUAUGGACUGCACCACAAGAUUGGUUCGCCACCGCUCGUCGGCUUCGUGACGUUGUCUGCAUACUCGCCUGUGUAUUACGCCUUGGGGAACCCCAUGAAUCCAGCCUACAUCCCUGAAAUCUGGGAGGGCUUCUCUGAUCACAUGAACUUUUGGCAGCGCCUGUACAACACGUACCUUACACUACGUUUCCACUAUAUGUGGUUCUACAAAAUACUUCCGAAGCAGGAGAUGAUUAUGAGAGAACAUUUCGGAGCAGAACCACCUUCUGUUCACGAAACCGAACGCAACUACAGCCUACUCAUAGUCAACAACCACUUUACCACGGAAUAUCCGCGGCCUCAUCUACCGAGCGUCAUAGAAGUCACUGGACUCCACGUAUCGACGAAGGUCGAACGAUUACCAGAGAACCUACAGAAAUUCCUAGACGGAGCCAAACACGGCGUCAUCUACGUCAGUCUCGGAUCAAACGUCCGGAGCAACGCACUGCCCCAAGAGAAGUUCCAGGCUUUUCUGGAGGCGUUCAGACAGCUGCCGCAACGCGUCCUCUGGAAGUGGGAGAACGACACACUGCCUUCACAGCCGGAGAACGUGAUGGUCAGCAAAUGGAUGCCGCAACAAUCCGUGCUGGCUCAUCCAAACGUCCGCCUCUUCAUAAUGCAAGGAGGUCUCCAGAGCAUGAACGAGGCGACGUACCACGCCGUUCCCCUUGUGGUCAUACCUUUCUUCGCCGACCAGCCGCACAACGCCGCCAAGAUUUCGCAGGCGGAAAUCGGCGUCAGGCUGGACUACCAUGACGUCACUAAGGACAACCUGCUGGCCGCUGUACGGACCGUUCUGGAUGAACCAAAGUAA